CCCAAGAUGUGAUAAUGCAAAGCCCAACUUGCCAAAAAAAGGAAGCAUGCUUAUACCCUAACCUAUGUUCUAUCGCUAUGGUACAUGCAUUUGAUUGACAAUGAAAUUAUGAAAGCCUCCCUAACUAAUUCAAAUGGUUCCAUUUAUGUGACCCAUGGGGGAAAGCAGGAGGAAGUACAUUGGAGCCGGAGAUUUGUGCGGUCAAGUUUGUCUUGCCUAUGUGCAAAGCAGAUAACCUUGUAGGUUUGGCCAAGGAAUAUUACCCAACAAUAGCUUUAUACUAAGAACCUUGCUAACAAUCAGGUUUCCAUCCUACUUCUUUUCCAAUUUCAGUGUGAGCAUUGGAUGCGAGCAAGGCAUCACUGAAAAGGUUCUACAGCUCAUUCUCAAAGAUCCCAUGCUAAAUUUUCUCUAGACCCAUAUCACCCAAGCAAACAGCACAAGGAAGGCUCAGCCUCAGGUUUCUAUAUCUCUAGUUCUCUACCUCUCCUCUCAGCAUGCCUGAAAAUCCAAUGGAUAGCACAAAAUUUGAGAGGCCACAAGGAAUUGGGCCAGUGAAAGCUGCCAUCAGCCUCUACGGGGAAAGGAUCCAGGGAAGAAAGCCAGACAAGUACAAGACCCAGCUCCCACUCAAAGAGGAUUCGCAUUCAGUAACCGGAGAUCUCCACCGGGCAAAAAUGGAUAUUGGAAGGCUGAAUGAGACCAAAAAUUUUGCUGAAAAAGAGAAGGCCCGGGCAGAAUCCGAACUGUAUAGGACGAGGAGCAGAGCUAAAGAGCUGGCUCUCCAAAUUGACGAGUCCAAUGCCAAAGCAAGGGAGCAGAAACUAGAGCUUCAGUCGAUGAGGAAGCCAGAGUUUGGUGAUGGUCAGUAUGCUGAAGUGAUGCAGGAACUGAGUACUGUGAAGAAGGAGCUGAGCAGGCUGAAGCUUGAUGUGGCCUCUGCUUUAGAAGCAAAGGCUAAAGCUGAGAAGGAAACUGAAGCCUCUCGUUCCAAAGCUAGCUCCUAUUCCCGAUCGGUCAAAGGACUAAGAAGGGAGAUAUAUGCAGCAAAUGAAGAGCAUGUUCUGGUGGAGCUUGCCCGGAUCGAAGCUGAAAGAGAGUUUCGAGAAAUAGAAGCUCAGAGAGUGGCUGAAGCUGCUCAGUUUGCUAAGAAGAUUGAAGCCACUAACAAGAAAAUUAAGGAUAUCAGCAAUGAAAUCAACCUUGCCAAGGAGCUCGAAAUGAAGCUUGAAAUAACAAAUUCUGAUAUCAAUAUCUUGCAGAAUGAAAUGGAGUUGGUUCGAGCAAUGGAGAGGAAGCAUCAGAAGAAUGAUUUGUUCAAAGAUGUGAAUAAGACAGUGGAAGAAGAGUCAGAGAGCCGGUCUAUGCUACGAUCAGCAGAGGCUGAAUUGAAGGCAGCAAAGAAAGAAUUAGCUUCCAUCAAGGAGGAAGGAUUUCAGCUCAUGGCUUCCAUGGAUCUUAUAAGAGAGGAGCUGAUGCACACUGCUGAAGAAACCAAAAGACUAAAGAAACUAGAAAUGAAAACAGACUCUACUGUUCAGCAUCUUAAUUCCAAGCUUCUGAAAGCCAAGUCUAAGCUGGAGUCUGCCACACGAGCAGAUGAAAGGGCUAGAGCAAUAGUUUCCAAUCUCUCAGCUGCGCUGCAACAACUGCAUACAGAGGUAGAGUCGGCGAAAGAAGAAAAGGAACUUGUUAGCGAAGAGACAAGAAGUAUCAAAAUGGAAAUUGAGAAGACAGACUUGGACAUUAGCUCGGUGGAGGAAAGAUUGCAAGCUGCUGUCCGAGAGCUUGAGGCAGUUAAAGCAUCAGAAGCGGUUGCACUCAAGAAGCUGAGGAGAGUUACUGAAAGAACCAUCAAAUCAAGAGCUUCAUGGAUUCUAUCCAGCUCUAAUAUAACUAUAUCCAAAUGUGAGUAUGAUUAUUUGAAUAAGCGUGCAGCAGAUGCUCAAGUUGUUGCUGAGAAGAAGGUGGCGGCAGCUCAGGCAUGGAUCAAAGCACUGAAGGCUGGAGAGAAAGAGAUACUGAUGAAGACUGAGCUUGCUAAGAGGGAGAUUAAAGAGCUCAAAGGUGUGGAAGACCGAGAGCUUUGUGACAUGGAGAAAUCAUUGGCUGCUCAGAAGACUCUUGAAGAAGAACUAUGUAAUUGGAGACAGAAAGAGAAAGAGGAAGAUAUUUCUAACCUGAAGCUUGUGGUAACAACACCAAGGAAAUCCCUCAGAGGGAAUGGAAUACCAGCAGCAUCAAGAAGAGCUAAAGUGAGAAGGCUGUCAAAAUCAUCAGGAUUACGAUAUACUCGCUCCCCAUCUUUUACUAUUAAGAAGAAGAGGAAGGUAAUGCCCAGUUUAGUCAAGUUUCUAAGAGAUCGGAAAACGGGGAAGCAUGAAUGAGCUACAGGUAUGUUGGGCAGACUACAAGGUCUGUAUCUUGCUGAUAUGCCUACGCCUGUUGCUAACUUCAGAAAAUUGUAUGCAGCUACUUCCAUGUUUUGUUUUCCCCCUCUUUAAUUUUCUUCUUCUUAUCAAUCAA